AUGCAGCCGUUCAUGAUAAACCACGGGAGAUUGGACUAUGAGAAUGCCCCAUCGAAAGCAGCCCAAUCCCUCCAGCGCCGGUCGCACAACACCCUCACCACAAUCACACCUGCCUUACCGUCCUACCUUAAACGCUCUACUUCAUCCCUACUUUUACCACUCCACUUCAUUACAAUGCCAACUCUCAAAUUCCUUCUCGCAGUGCUCUCUUUCUCCGUCCUUGCGACAUCGCUUCCCGUACAUACCAAUGGAUCCCGAAGGCUCGCCCUGCGCAAUGCUGACCUCGAGGAGCGCUCAACUGCAUUCGGACUCAAGUAUCCAAAGACGUCCUGGCUCGCUCCUUUGACGACGUUGACCCCGACCUUGAAGCUCGGCAAUAUGAGGACAAGUGCUGGUGGUGUGACGAUCCGGAAAUGGAUCGACACUCAGCACACUGAAGGACAGUCAUUCACAUGCCCUGCAUGCAAAUCGCCUACCACCACCCUGAUCACGACCGUAAAGAAGAAGGACUCUAUGUCGUCAGCCAGGAAGACAAUGCCUAAGAAAGCCAAGGGCAAGCGUGACCUUGAAGACGUCGAGUCGAAAUCUGAGUUCGAAAUGCGCGACUUUGCCAACUGA